CCACCAUUGUCUCUUCUCCGAAAGAGGCCACUUGUCGCCGCCACACAGCGUCAACCUCAACAUCUGUCUAUUUGACAACACAAUAGAGUUGAGUCUCUUCUUGGUCAGUCAUGAUCUACUCUGGCUGAAGACGCACUCUCCUUGAUCCAAACCAACGACUACCUCACUACCUCACCACCGCACUCCUCCCCCUUCCUCCAAGCCAUGGCGCCCGUCUUGCCAUGUGCCCAAAUCAAGCUAUCCUAUCCGCUCGCCGCUGCAGAUUUUGAUCCUCUCAACAAAGACUUCCUCCUUGUCGGUGGAGGUGGCGGCUCUUCCUCCACCGGUGUACCUAACAAGAUUUCGUUGAUCGACUCUGCUCGACGAGAAACCCUACGAGAAUUGGUGGACAUUGAGCUUGCCAAAGACGAGGAUUCGGUCACGACACUCGCAAUCGCCGAGACCGGAGAAGGCUCUACAGGAGAGAAGUUACAGUCACAUCUCACCGUCUAUGCGGGGAUCAACAGCUCAGCUGCUAGUCAGGCGGCAGGCAAGAAUGAACAUCUAAGAUCAUUUCGGAUCCAGUUACCCCAAAGGAGGAGUAAGGAUGACUUGGGCGCCGUCGAUAAACCCCAAGGUGGAGUCUCACGAACCGAGGCGACAAAGGCAUUAAGUCGCGCGGCAAUCUUCAAGUCCGCCACCGGCAGCAAGAAUGAAACAUAUCAGAGAGUUCUCCGGGUCAAUCGCAACAACAGCAAUAGCCCCUUGGCCGCGAUUGCGUCUGGCCUAGCUCCAGAGAACGAGGUGAUUGUGUUUCGCGCCUCAUCAACUCCCACUUCCAAAGACGAGAUAUCACGCAUCAAUCUGGGAAAGCGUGAAGCGGCUGACCUAGAUCUACAUUCAAGCCCGGCAGGCUCUUCUAGCGACUCGAAGUUGGCUUAUUGUACCGAUGAUGAGGUCUUCAUACAGUCACUCCAAGUAAAAGGGUCGAAAAAGCCGGAUGCACCGGUAUCCCUGUAUCGCACUCCUGAAUCCACCAUGACCCUUCCCAGCAACAAAAGGCCUAAGUUUCGCGCAAUCCGAUUUCUCGACGCCAAAACACUCCUCCUCCUGCAGAAUCUCCCAAAUCGCGGCGGUGCAGUGCUUCUAGUCCUGAAAAUAUCCGAGGACAACCGGCAGUCACAGAUCCGUCUACGAAAGCGCCUCAACAAGACGACCAAGGUGGCCGUUGGCCUAGAAGUCGCCCGUCUCAGUGCGGCUGACCAAAGCGAUACACAGCAGGUGAUUGCUGUGUCAGGACAGAACAGCUCAAUUGAGAUCCUGGUCCUUGACUUUCUGGAUUCCACCUACCGCAGCUUCAAGCCAUAUACUCAUCUCGAGAAUGUCCACAGUGGACCACUUACGAGAAUCGCCUUUUCAAACUUCCUUCCUCCACCCACAUUCGAUAUGAAAAGCAACCCGCCGUCACAACAUCUCCGCCUGGCGUCAGUAGGUGUCGAUCAGUACGUUCGAGUUCACUACAUUCCACUUCGACCCUACGUGAGUCGGUCCAGUAAAACACCUCGAUAUGUACUCAUCCCACCAAGCUCGAACAUGUCACAGACAACGAUCGGCAUGAUCUAUGCCCUGGUCAUAGUGGCAAUAGCAGCAUUCUUCAUGCAAGCAUUCACCGAGAUCCGCGGCGCCACACCACCUAUUCUAGGCGCAACCAAUUGGCUAUCUCCUCGAAUGCAAGACUGGAUUGCUCGUCCAUAUCUAGGCGCAGAGAUAUUGAAACAGGCGCCCGCCCAAAUGGCCCACGAAGCCGAACACGCAGCGGAUAUCGCCAAACAACAAAUCUCCAAUAUUCCCGACAUCGACGACAUUACCCACGCAGUAGAGCAUACUUCUUCCGUGUUGAAACAACAGUUGUCUGAUCUAGUAGCUGAAAAUACCAAUUUGGAGACCCCAAAAGCCAUCAUCCUUCGUGAUGAAGGUGUGGGUGAGAUUUCAACAGAGAUUAUCCAGCAUGAUGUCGAUUUGGUCAAGGAGGAGACGGUCAAAAGGUGGGACGAGUUGAGUCAGGCGCAGCAGAGGACGUGGAAGUUGAAGCUUAAAGAGGCAGGGCAUUGGGCCGAACACCAAGGUGAAAGUGUAUUCAAAGGUCUUUUGUUCUCUGUUCUCAGGGAUGUCAUCCAUGGAUAGAGAGUGAGUGACAGAUAUCCACUCAUUGCAAUCUAUUCAAUGGAUUUCCAUAUCCACCGACUAUUCUACAUGAUAUACAGGAUAUAUGAUACAUAUCUCGAUCUACCCGUCUCUGCUCUACUCUGCUCUCUCACCCAACAGCUAUAGCUAGCUCUGUCCCACCCUAUCCUACACCAAAAACACCCCACUAU